UCUCGCCAUCUCGCCAUCGCACCAUCACAUCCUGAUUCUCCGGCCCUCAUCUGUCGCUUCGAUCGCCCCUAUGCCCUCCGGAACCCCCUACAAACGCACAUCCCUGCUCUCGGCCCCGUCCUUCGACCCCCCCAGUCGCCGAGAUGAACCCGGCCCUGAGAACCUGCCGCCCAUUUUCCUCACCACCCCGCAGAGCAGCCGUCGCCAGAGCCAGGUGCUGUGGCCACGGGUCGUUUCCAGCGAGGCGAGCAUCCCGCUGUUCCCGGUGCCAUCGACGCCCACCCAGGGCUCCAAGAUCUUCCCGCCCGAAGGUGGAAGCCCCCUUUCUCAAGCGAGCCAAGCAUCUUAUGAAUAUGGGGACCGGGAUCUGUCCUUUUCCCAGCGGCGCCGCUCGAUCCGGCUCGACUUCUUCUCCGACAGCGAGUCCGAGUCCGACUCGGAAAGCUCGCAGCUCAGCCUGCCGCAAGAGUAUCCCGUCGACCUCCGCUUCGAUGAGUCCAUUGCCCAGUCUUCGCUCUCGUUGGCUCUGUCCGGCAGCUCUGAAUCAUCCGACUCGAUCGAGGACGACGCCGAACUGAUCAAAACAUGGAAUCUGGACCAUCUCGAAAGCGAAUUCCAGAAGCAUGUUCGUUUGGGCUGGCCCAUCCCGUCCCUCGAUAUCCAGGGGCACAUCCCCUCCGAGUCCAGGAUGAAGCGAUCACCGUCGAUCCUGUCGAUCCUGCAGCCGCGGUGCUACUUUUACUCGUCCGCUCUUGGUGUGGCUCAGACCGAUGGCCUUUUGGGGCUGGCUGGAGACGAUGGCACCUGGCUGAGAAGCCGGGCCGACGAAGGAACCUUCUGGAUCGACAUUCAACAGCCCACGCCCGAAGAAUACGAUCUGCUCGAGAAGGUCUUUGACAUCCAUCCUCUGACUCUCGAAGACAUCCAACAGGACGAACUGCGGCGAGAAAAGUGCGAUCUGUUUGACAACUACUUUGUCAUCAUCACCAGAGUCAUUGAUCAGUACGACAGUCGGCCUCGCCUUCUGAAGCCAAUACCCGUCGCGAUCAUCGUCCUCGACGGCUGCAUCAUCAGCAUCCAUCCGGAGCCAAUUCCGCACUGUCAAAACGUCGUCCAGCGUCUGGGCAUCAUUCACACACACAACCAGAACCUGGUGAAGGACCAGAUCACAGCAUACUUUGAGCCCACCUGGAUUGCAUACCUGCUUCUCGAUCAAAUCCUCAAUUCAUUCGAGCCACUGAUUCAAUCGCUCGAUGUCGAAACCGACGCUAUCGAGGAACUGCUCGCGCGCGACACUCUCCGCAAUUCGAGCAUCCUUCUCGUACGAAUUCACUCGGCUCGCAAGCGUGCCACUCUGCUCAUGCGCCUCUUUAUCGAGAAGGUGCACAUCUCGCGCAUUGUCCGGAAGAAAUGCAGCGCCGACUGGUUCCAGGACGAGCUAGAGUUGUACUUUGAAGGCGCAGAGGACCGAGCCGCUUGCAUGAUGCAGUCUUUGAUAAACUACGACGACCUACUGACGGCCCACUACAGCACAUAUCUCUCGCUGCUGAAUAAUCAUAUCACGGCAUCAGCACAGCUGGUUGCGAGGACGAUGCAGAACCUCACCGCCGUUGGCUGCAUCGUCGUUCCGCUCACACUAUUCACAGGGAUAAUGAGCAUGAACGUCUAUGUCCCAGGCGAGGAGGAGGACACACUGGUGCACUGGCAGAUGUGCAUCGCGCUUUUGGCCGUUCUUGCCUGCUUGCUUUCCUUCCUUGCGCUUUGGGCGACUUGGGGAAUAGGGAAGAAGCGUCGGACGCUGUAGUUUCGUUGACCACUGCAUCUCGGUCGAGACGAGGAGGCACAUCCGUCACUGCCGAGAAUCCAGAGGCCGAUCCUGUUCGAUCGAGCCUUGGCCGAUCAAGACAAAGUAUAUAUAUUUUGGGGCUCCAUAGGACACACAUGGAGGCGGGC